AUGACAUACCCUUACCAACGUUCCGCGGGCGCUUCUCCUCUUCCCUCUUUCAAUCAGACCUACACACCGAGAUCUCAAAGCAUAUCCAGUCGUGUGUGGGAGUUUGUUCCUCCAAUCGCAAAACAAUGGCUUUCGGAGGGGUCUCUCGGUCGUGGAAUCGGUAGACACAGAGGCAGUGAGGGUAUCAAGGUCACCGCAGUGCGAGCUGUUAAAUCCAUUUUCUCAAUCUCUACUGCUAUCAUCUUAUUGUGGAUUUACUCUAUUUGGUGGGGCGAACGGAGAGUAUUUCAGGACCACAUCAAUCAAUGCCUUUGGGAGAGUUGGGAAGAAUGGCCCCAAGAUGCAACACCGCACCAUAUUGCCUUCAUCUCGGAUCCCCAACUCGUCGAUCCCCACACCUAUCCCGGUCGACCAUGGCCUCUGUCCACGUUGACUGUUAAAUACACAGACCAAUAUAUGCGUCGAUCAUUCUCCUUGAUCCAGGAUCACCUCGAGCCGGACUCGGUUCUGUUUCUCGGUGACCUUUUCGACGGUGGAAGAGAAUGGGCGACUGGCACCUACACCAGCCCUGAAGCGCGAUAUAAGAAUAUCAAGACCAAUUUCUGGAAGAAAGAAUACCGUCGAUUCAUGAAAAUCUUUCUGGAUCCUUGGGAAAAGAACAGUCCCUCGCCAGUAGAUGCACGAGGGCGCAAAUUGCUUGCUAGCUUACCUGGAAACCAUGAUCUUGGAUUUGGAAAUGGAGUUCAAGAGCCUGUUCGCGAUCGGUUUCAGACCUACUUCGGGCACAGCAACCGAGUAGAUGUGAUUGGAAACCACACAUUUGUUUCAGUCGAUACCGUCUCCCUGAGCGCGAUGGACCAACCCGAUCCUUUGACGGGUAGCUCGCCGACAGCCGCAAACGAUGAUGCCUGGCCGGCCCGCCCGAUUUGGAAGGAUGCAGAUGAUUUCUUGGACAAGAUGGCUAUGCAUAGAGCCAGAGCGGAGACAGAGGAGCUUCGAAUGCUGCAAAACCAGAGCGAGGGUCAUAUGUUUGAUUACCGGGUGGUCGAUGCUGUCGAUCCGGCAAUCCACCAUAAGCUCGAGCCAACGAGCCCCGGGUUCCCUACUAUCAUUCUUACGCACGUGCCUCUUUACCGCAAGCCUGCAACUCCAUGUGGCCCUCUACGCGAGCGCUAUCCUCCAUCCUCGGACGAGGAACUGCAAGAGGAUGAGCCAAACUCUUUGAAGAUCUCGGGUGGGUAUCAGUAUCAAAAUGUUCUCACACAGACCGUGUCGAACGAGUUGGUGUCUAAAUCCGGACCCAAUGUAGUUCAAGUCUACUCUGGGGAUGACCACGACUACUGUGAAGUUUCCCACCGCGAGUUCAACGGUUCACCAAACGAGAUCACCGUCAAAAGUAUCUCCUGGGCAAUGGGAGUCCGACACCCAGGCUUUGUAUUGACGAGUCUGUGGAACCCAAUUGACCCCAAGACAGGCAAGCCCAUCAAGGAUGCUUCCCCCACCAUUCAAAAUCACCUUUGUCUUCUCCCAGACCAACUGGGUAUCUUCAUCUACUAUCUUACCAUCCUCGGCCUUAGCGUCGUCAUCCUCUUCAUCCGCGCCCUCUACCGGGCAUUCUCCUCGCCGGAACCAUCAUCAAACGGCGCACUCCUCCCUCUUUCUGAACGCCGCUCACAACAUCAACCCCAAACCUCCGGUGCGUCCAGCUCUACUUUGUCAGCAGGAGGCCUGGCCAGCCGCGGGAUGACCGCGUCUCCUCGCUACCCUGGGACUAAGUCACCUGAUGCCUACCUAGGGGCCGAGGAGGACAUGUCCUCUUCAAAAAGUAAGACUUCAUGGCGGCCGGCAUCAGCCACUGGGCCCCGCUCUACAGCUUCUCUUGUCUUGCAUGAUUUGUACCGCUCUACCAAGACUGUGGCGCAGGUAGUGUUGUUAGCGUAUUUCAUCCUGAUCUGGCGCUGGUAG